AAUAGCUUCCGCUUUUGUCAAAAUAAACAAUAACACGUGCUACAUUUUGGCUGUAGGAAAAUGAGUUUUAAAGGCAAACAGUCUCGAUUUAAAACGUUGACCGAAGAUACUUUAAAUUACUACAAACGUAUAAAAGAAGUUUUACAGGAUGACAAUUCAAUUGAUGUCCAAGUUAUUGAUAACAUCUUCAGUCAACUAACCCAAGAAGCUGUUGCAGUCUGCAAACACCCAGAAACCAGUGCUAUAAUUGAACUGCUGAUCAAUCAUGCAUCAUGCGCAAAUGUUGCAUCACUCCUGCAGAUUUUUGCAACUGAUUGGGAUGCGGUGUGCAAUGAUUCUUCUGCAAGUCAUGUGGUACAAAAAUGUGUACUGGUCUCACCCAAACUGUUUGCUGAACAGGUUUCGCAGUUUGACAUUGAUAACUGCAGUGAAGAUUCAUCUGAGGACCAACUCAUUCUAAAGAUUUUAAGUCUUUGUGAGCACAUAUUGAACAAUUUGGAGAAGUGUUUAACGCACACUCACAUGUCACAUAUAGUCAGGUCUAUGCUUCAAAUCCUUGGUGGGACAUUUGUUGAUGAAAAGAUUUUGAAAAGUAAAGGAUCAAGAAAUUACUCAAAGAAGAAUGAACCAGACAGGAAACAGAAGGAUAUUCACUUCCAAGACUUUGAUGUGCCAGCAGCAUUUCGGAAGCAGUUGAAAUUUGUGUACAAAACUAUUUUUAGACUGGAAAAUUUUGGUGUUUACAUCACAGAAAGCAACGCUAAUCCCAUCCUGCAGACUCUACUCUUGGUGCUCAAUAAAGCCAACGCUGAACUUUGUCAAAAGGCAAUUAAUAAGGUCAUCAAAAGGUCAAGGAUCAAGGACGAUGUGGAACAGGUCAAUUUGCCGCCAGUUGCUGCUGACAGUAUAGGGUCGUUCCUGGUGGAGCAGAUAAUCGGUCUGUGUUCUGAGGAGCUCUUCAGGAAGCUGUUUGAGAGGCUGUUUCACAACAGGUUACUGCAGUUUGCUACCCACGCAGCUGCAAACUAUGUGCUGCAGACAUUCAUCAGAAAGUGCAGGGAUAAAGACAUAUUCAAAUCAGUUGUUGAUGAGCUGAACAACUGUAUUUCUGCUGUGUUAGACGCUCGUAACUAUGGUGUCCUGGUUGCCAUGGUGGAAACUGCAGAGAAACUCACAUGUAAACAGGACAGCAUCCUGCAGAUGCUGAUGACAGGCCUUCAGUGCUGGGAGCCAGAGGAACGAAGAACUUCUUGUGUAGCCUUGCUGGCAGCAUUCACGACACACGACAACUUCCAUAGUGGUAGCCAUGAUGAGACUUCAGCACGUCCUGCAAUCAGGAAGGUGAACUAUCAUGGCUCUCUGCUCCUUCAACACCUCGUGAAUUUCCGCGACGUAAAGAUGCUGGAGACCGGAUUUCUUGACUUGCAGCCAGGCGAGGUGUCGAUGCUUGCGUGCGACCCAUGUGGCAGUCACGUGAUGGAGGCGGCGUUUAGGAGUGCCGCUAUAAGGGAGAAAACCAAGGAGGGACUGGUCUCGAAAAUGGCUGGAAGCUGGGUUCAACUUGCCUGUCACAAAAAUGGCAGCCAUACUCUAGAAUUUUCUGGAAGAAUGUUCCCCUGAAGCUUCGAGAAGUCAUCGCUACGGAGUUAGCGGAAAAACAGGACAGGUUAAAGUCAGACAUGUUCGGACGUCACAUUGUACGGAACUUUGCCCUGCAGCAUUUUAAAACGCGCAAAAACGAUUGGACGAUGUUACAGAAGGGAGAUAAAAAGAAGCGAGAAAUGUUCAGAGAUGUUAUAGGAUCUGAAACAGAUGUAAAACAGCCAAAACAGAAGAAAAGGAAAGUGAAGAAAGACCAAUAGCUCGUUAAUAAAGGGAUGUUAAUCUUAAAGGGAUCUUUUCACGCUUUGGUAAAUUGACAAAAUUGUAAAAAGUUGUUUCAGAUUCGCAAAUUUUCGUUUUAGUUAUGAUAUUUGUGAGGAAACAGUAAUACUGAACAUUUACCAUGGUCUAAUAUAGCCAUUAUAUGCAUCUUUUGACGAUUUUAAAACCUAAAAAUUAUAAAGCGUUGCAAUGCGAAACGAUUGAAUAAUUUGGAGAGUUCUGUUUUUGUCGUUAAAUUUUGUGAAACUACGAAGAUUGCUUAUAUAAGGUAUAAAAUACUUCCAGUAUAUGUACUCGGCGGAAUAGCUCAGUAGGCUAAAGCGUUUUUACUUCAGGACUCUGGCAGGACUCCAGGGGUCACUGGUUCGAAACCUGGUCCGGGCAAUGUUAUUUUCCUUUUUUUAAUUUUAUUCUUGAUUUUUUACUGGAGCUUUUACGAUCCAAUGUUUACAUUUAUCGAUAUAAAGCAUUUAAUGAAUAAGUUAAAAAAUGCCAAAAUCUGUGAAAAGGCCCCUUUAACUUACGCCUCAAUAUCUUUUUUUUUUUAGUUGAAUCCAUACAAGUAGUCAGCUAGAUGUACCUUAUGAUUAUUAUUUCUUGUUAAAUGUUCAUUUGACUGUGUAUUCAACAAUUAUAUUGAACCAAACUGAAAUUGAAACUCGCUGGUAAGCUUGAUGAAGAUCUAUUGUUAAAGGUUUUGCAUGAAAUAAAGUAAAUAUUUUAUCUAAAUGUAUUUGAUGAAGAAAACAGCAGCAUUUAGUGUUAAGUUGUCUUUAAACAUAAGUAUAUUAUUUUGCUGUUCACAUAAAAUGACGUAUAUUGUCAAAUGAUACGAUUAUUGACUUUGUAGCAGAUGAAACGCUGGAAUUCCACAGAAUGGGCUUAUUACUAACAAUUGCAACUACCCCACCAUUUUUCCUUGACAUGGCAGGCCAUAACAUGCAGCAAGUUGUUACAAAAGUGUGUGACCCUGUUUUGACCCCUAAGGGUAUGAUAUGACUACAUGUUUAUAUAAGAGCACAAUACGUGGUUACAUACAAAAUAUAAAACCAUUUGUGCAUUGUGGUUUCAAAGGACAAUAUUUCAAAGUUAUUUUGCUUUGCAAGUUGGUAUAAAAUGUAUGACCUCUUGGUGUGGGCAGCUUUGAACCCAGGGUCAGGAUGCUGUUUAGACCUUUUGUUUUCAGAUAUUAUCUUUGUGGUUAUAAUGCUGCUAAAAUCUUUAUUCAGCAGAUAUUCUAUUAAAGUUUUAUAAAGGGGCAUAACUCUUAUAAUUUUAAAAAGUAACAACAAAAAAGACUGAUAAACAAUUCUACAUGUAUAUCAUUAGAAACAAUGCAUUUAAAUAUGAAUGUUUUACAAUGAAAGCAUUAUUAGCAGAACUUC